AUGUGGAAUUACGAGCAGCGUCGUAAACACCCGCAGGACCCGCUCCUUAUUAGUGAACUGUAUGACUAUUUCAUGGGUCGCGCGCUUCCCUCGGAGCGCGACAAUUGGUACAAUCUCUCUGAUGACUUGAUGUUCCGGGCGCCGGCGUCGAAGGGCAGAGACAGAAGUCGCCCUCGGAGAUGA